UUAUACAACAGUAAUACACAUUGGUACAUUACACAUUAGACAUUUAUAUUUUAUAACUUAUACAUUUAUAUUACCCAGAUCUAAUAAUUAAUAAGUAUAAAAAUUUAAAUCGUGUUUUGUUUAAAGAAACUCAAAAACCCGACCAAGAAACCGCUGCAAGAUGGAAACCGUUAUUGGGAUUAAGUUCAAUGAUUUCGUGCUCAUCGCCACGGACAUGACGGCUGCCCACAGUAUUAUGGUCAUGAAAGAUGAUGAAGACAAAACGUACAACAUCACCAACAAUGUAGUGAUGGGUGUCACAGGUGAAGCAGGUGAUGUACCUAGAUUUGCAGAGUACAUCACUCAAAACGUCAAACUUUACCGCAUGCGUAAUGGAUACGAUUUGUCCAUUCCGGCUAUUGCGACUUUCACUCGUAAAACUGUUGCUGAACACCUUAGAAGCCAAAGUCCUUAUCAAGUAAACUUCAUGCUCGGAGGAUAUAAUCCAACUGAGAAAAAAUCACAUUUAUACUUCAUUGAUUAUUUGGGAGCUCAGGUUGAUGUUCCUUAUGGUGCUCAUGGAUAUGGUGGUAUGAUGACAAUCACAGUUAUGGAUCGUUACUACAAACCAGAUGCAAAUUAUCAAGAAGCAUACGAUCUCCUAAAAAAAUGCAUAUUAGAAGUACAAAAACGUUGUAUCAUCAACAUGCCCAAGUUUAAAGUUAAAAUAUCUUGUGCUGGAGGUGUACAAGAAUUGCCAAUAAUUACCAAGGAUAAUAUUGAACAAAAAAUCAUUGUUAAUGUAAAAGAGUAAAAUUAUUUCUGAUGUAUAUUUAUUUUUUGUCUUUUUUAAAACUUACAUUAUGAAUUUAACUAAUGGAAAUAUAAACAAUAUGAAAUGA